AUGACACGAUAUUUGAGAGGAGCUGGCGCGGAGCCCGGGCCCGUGAUUCAGUCGAUAUCACCUGAUCAAAUCACAUUCAUUCAAAACAAACCGGAGCUAAAAUUAGUCAUCAGAAUAACCGUUCAAAAGCAAAGUUUUACUUCAUUUGCUUCCAUCAUUUCUGUGUUGUCGGUUGUGUUUUACUGUGUCGGAUUUAUUAGAAUUGAAUUGGAGUUGAACCGGCACAAGAAGAGGUUAAACGAUCUUGAAAGCUUUCCUGAUAAAAAGCCUGUGUCAAAUCAACUGGCAGACGCAAAGAGUAUCAAAAUUUCCUCAGAAAGUCGAUCCUCUAACUUCCGAAGAAAUAAGCGUCAUGUCGAGAACUCAACGGAAAUCGACCAUGAAUCCAGUAUCAGCAAACUUCUACUUCAACUCUGUCACUCAAAGAUUGCAACGUGCACGUCAGGUCCACAGGGCCCUCCCGGUCCACCUGGACCUAAAGGAGCCCGAGGGCGACGAGGACAUAAGGGGAAGACUGGAAAUAAGGGAGACAAGGGUAUGAUGGGGUCACCAGGAAAGAACGGCAAGCAAGGCGUCAUAGGACCUGCAGGCCUAAAUGGAGACAUUGGAAACAAAGGACAGAAAGGAGAUAGAGGAGACACAGGCAUGCCGGGGAGUAAAGGAGAGCCUGGUCAAUCAAUUUCAUCCCCUAUUGUUGCUGUUUCUCCAGCGACUUUGACAGUUAACGAAGGUGGAUCAGCCUCGUUUCAUUGCUCAGCUAGCGGCAACCCUGAGCCUGCAAUAGUAUGGACCAAAGUGGUCACUCAGUCGGAAAUCAGUCAGUCAGCGGUUUCAGAGGAAAAGUUGCAAUUAAGAAACGUGGCAGGAAAUGACGCAGGCUUGUAUCAAUGUGUAGCAUCAAACAUCUUAGGAAAGUAUCAGGCAACAGUACAGUUACAAGUCAACGUUCGUCCACGUGUUACUCUCCAUCCUGGACCCCUCUACACUGGUGAAGGAAGUAAAGUCACUCUACCGACCUGUCACGUAACUGGGUAUCCCUAUCCGGUAGUCACAUGGAGCAAGUCAUUUGGUCAAUUACCUCAUGGGAGAUUUCAGUUCAACAGCAACGUUUUCAAACUCCUUGAUGUUCAUAAGAGUGAUUCUGACAACUACCUCUGUACGGCCAGAAAUCUUCUGGGAAGUGUUGUAAAAAGAACUCACUUGGUGGUUGUUUCCCAGCCCCAGUUUGCUAUUAGGCCCCCUGCAAAGGUUUUUGCACUCCCAGGCGACACUUUGACGUUAAACUGCAGCGCUACUGGUGAUCCACAACCUUUCAUUAGCUGGAAUAAACAAGGAGCACAACUACCGGUGGGAAGGAGUCAAAUUACAUAACAGGGGCUUAUCGUGAGAUCUGUGAUUGAAGAAGAUGCUGGUAACUAUAUUUGCGUGGCUACAAGUGCAGGGGUAUCUCAUAUCGAGACAAUAAGCGUUGUAGAAGCUAAACCACAUAAAGAUUUUUCAGAUUUGUUGAAAAUAGGCCUCACUCGGUGUGGAGUAUACUCUAUCAACCCAGAUGGUAAAGAACACUUCGAUGUCUUCUGCGACAUGACCACUGACGGUGGAGGCUGGACAGUGUUCCAGAGAAGACAGGAUGGCCCGGUAGACUUCUAUCGGGGAUGGAGUGACUACAAAGCAGGCUUUGGUCAGCUGACUGGUGAGUUCUGGUUGGGAAAUGACAAGAUCCACAGGUUAAUGGUUGCCAGAUCGAGCUCUCUACGAGUAGAACUGGAAGACUGGAACGGAGUCAGAGACUACGCCAAAUAUGGGAAGUUUAACGUUGGUGAUGAGCAGGCGAAGUACCGACUUGAAGUGGGUUCAUAUUCAGGGACAGUGGGAGAUUCUUUAGGAUCUCAUAAUAAUAUGGCGUUUAGUACAAAAGACAGAGAUAAUGACAGAACCCGUGUACACUGUGCUGUAAGAUAUACUGGCGCUUGGUGGUACAAAUACUGCCAUGCGUCCAAUCUAAAAGGAAGAUAUCUAGGAAAUGAAAAAGAUUACCGAGGAGCCAGUUGGGCUGGCUUCAGAGGUUCUCUUUCCUUUAAAUUCGCAGAAAUGAAACUGAGGCCGUCACCAUAG